CAUGUGCCCUGGCUGGGAAUUGAACCUGCAACCCUUUGGUUUGCAGGCCAGCACUCAAUCCACUGAGCCACACCAGCCAGAGCUAAAUUUUUAAGAAUAUUUCAAUUCCUCAUGCUACAUUGCUGGUAGCUUGAAAUAGGUCAUGGUGGGUAUAUUUAGGUAAACUGCUGACUUACCAGGACAUGACUUCUCAAGAACCAUGGAGCAUAGUCCUUGAAAAGAGCAAGUAUUCAACAACUUUUCAAAUGAUACAGGACAAAUUGCAAGUGUGCCCAUGUGUAGGUCAAGCCAGUCCAGCCAAUGUGGAAGGCGUGUACAUUGGGAACACUUAUUUUGAAGUGGUGACCUAAAAGCAAAAGAUACCUUGAAGUGAAAAGUCUUGACUUCUUAUCUAGGAUGUCCAAGACACCCAAGGGAUUCUCUGGGGGAAUGAAAUGCUAUCUGUUUCCUGGAAAUACUUAUAUCACAAGGUCAGAGGAAACUGACCUGUCUAGGUGGUGAGUUGGAGGACUGAGCAGGCAUAGCUUGGAAGCAGGGAUUGGGGGAUUGCCUGCCUGUAUCACACCUCUGUGUUGAGAGAGAAAAAUAAGAGAGGUUGCUAUAUUUUUAAAAAAGACAUGAUGUUUUGUGUUUAUCUUAAAUUUAUUGUGUUUUGUUUGCCCAAGUCUGAUUUUUCUCUCAGCAAAUGUUUGCCCACUGCCACCCAAGAUUCCACUCUCAGAGAGUUGGUAAUCUUGCAGGGGAAGGAAUGCCUGCAGAGGUCAGAAAUAUGAAGUUCUCCUAAGGAGGUUGAAUUUAUUACCUCUUUUUACAUUGAAAGUACAAAUACAAAUUGAGUAAUGAGCCAAAUGACUGAAAUGAGAACCUACAUUCAGAGGUUCCUGUCUGUGUCUCUGCAACCACCUCAGGACUCACGCAUUUGGUUUCUCUGAGCCUGACCUUCUUUGCUUGCAGCGUCUCUUCAGUCAGAGUGGAGAACCGCAGUUGUGGCAGAGCUCAGUGCAUUGCUGCUCCUGGGUGCUCCUCAUCUUGGAUUGAAAAUUGAGUGCAGCAUGUUUUGCCUAUGGAAACUCAUCCUAAUGCCAGGAUUACUGGGUUAUUUCUUGGGUCUGAAUGACUUGAUUGUUUCCUCCCUUGAGCUAAUAGUCCACGUGGGUGAUUCAGUCCUGAUGGGAUGUGUUUUCCACAGCACAGAAGAGAAACGUAUAACCAAGGUAGACUGGAUAUUCUCAUCAGAGGAGCAUGCCAAGGAUGAUUAUGUGCUGUACUAUUAUGCAAACCUCAGUGUGCCUGUGGGACGCUUCCAGAAUCGUGUGCGCUUAGUGGGGGACAUCUCACACAAUGACGGUUCUCUCCUGCUCCAAAAUGUGGAAGAGGCUGACCAGGGAAUCUAUACCUGUGAAAUUCGCCUUGAAAUGGAGAGCCAUGUGUUCAAAACACCAGUGGUACUGCAUGUACUACCAGAGGAGCCCAAAGAGCUCACAGUCCAUGUGGGUGAUUCAGCCCUAAUGGAAUGUGUUUUCCAGAGCACAGAAGAGAAUCUCAUGACCAAGGUAGACUGGAUGUUCUCACCAGAGGAGCACACCAAGGAGGAGAUUAUGUUGCGUUAUUACACCAAAAAAUUACCUAGUGGGUACCACCAGUAUGGGGGCCGCUUCCAGAACCGUGUAAACCUGGUGGGGAACACUGCCCGCAAUGAUGGCUCCAUCAAGCUCCAAGGAGUGAAGGAAUCUGACAGAGGAAGCUACACCUGCAGUAUUCACCUGGGGAACCUGACAUUCAGAAAAACCAUUGUGCUACAUGUGAUUCAGAAAGAGCCCCAAACAUUGGUGACUCCAGUAGCUUCCAGACCUGAGAUCCUGGGUGGUAAUCAGCUGGUAACCAUUGUGGGGAUCGUUUGUGUCACUAUCCUGCUGCUUCCUGUUCUGAUAUUGAUUGUGAAGAGGACCUAUGGGAAUAAGAGCUCAAUAACUUCCACAACCCUGGUAAAAAGUCUGGAAAACACAAAGAAGGUUCAUGCAGAGGUAAGAGAAGAACUCUGCCAUUUUGCUGCUGUGGCCAAGGAGGGUGAGAACCAUGUUUAUUCCUCAAUAACUACACGGGAGGUGAUAGAGGAAGAAGAACCAAGUGAGAAAUCAGAGGCCACCUACAUGACAAUGCACCCAGUUUGGCCUUCUCUGAGGUCAGGACCGAAUAACCCACUUGACAAAAAGUCAGCUGGGGAAAUGCCAAAACCAGAGUAAGCCUUUUAAGAAGAAAUGAGAGUUCCCUUCACCUUUAGGAGUGGCAGAGACCCUCCUCUGUGUGUCCUGAGUCGCUGCACCAGUUGUUACAGACCCCCCACCCUCCAGUUGUCCUCCUGCCUCAUCUGUUGGUCAAGGGCUGAAGAUGGAAGGCUCAUAGCCUGGCAGAAAGAUGGGGCAACUCUGCAAGAAUAGGCCUCAAUGAGAGGAGCAUGGACUUGACGCCUCUGCAGUGGGACACUGGCUCUGGGGACCCUGGCUGAGCUGCCAUAGCAGUGUCAAGCAUGCUAUCUGAUCAGACCCUCAGCUUGAAUGGUGUUCUUUGUGGAUGAGUUACUGGAAAGAAUCACAGAAAUAAAAACCAACCUAAAUGAUUCCUUUGGCACAUUAUCCCUGAAUAAAUGUGGUUUAUGGAAA